UCUAGCCAAAACAUGUCAUGCGAAAACAUGUCAGGCGGCUGUGCAACUGUGUCAAAUGCAUAGCUUUCCCCCAAAACUGCCGGAGAGAGACAAGUAGCAAUCAACAUGGACAGUAAUGCACCACCAGACUCGCCAGGAGAGUCGAAAAGUGGUCUCACCGGCCUCCUACGGGGGACGACGCCAGGUUACUCCAACAAAGAUCUAGCCGGUGUCCCAUUGACUGGCAUGAGUCCCCUGUCACCAUACCUGAAUGUAGAUCCACGAUACCUUUUACAGGAUGGUGAUGAGUUCAUUCUGCCCACGGGGGCCAAUAAGACCAGAGGGCGUUUUGAGCUGGCUUUCUUCACCAUUGGCAGCUGCUGCAUCACAGGUGCUGUGUUUGGAGCAUUAAAUGGUCUCCGGAUGGGGUUCUCUGAGACCAAAGACAUGGCAUGGUCCAAGCCACGGAAUGUCCAGAUCUUGAACCUGGUAACCCGUCAAGGGGCCACAUGGGCCAAUACUCUGGGCUCUGUGGCCUUAUUGUACAGUGCGUUUGGCGUGGCCAUAGAGAAGGCCAGGGGAGCAGAGGAUGAUGUCAACACUUUGGUUGCCGGGACACUGACUGGAGUUCUCUACAAAUCACCAGGUGGUGUCCGCAGUGCAGUGCGCGGGGGCCUGGCUGGUCUGGCGCUGACGGGCGUCUAUGCCCUCUACAACAACUGGGAGCACCUGAAGGGAAGCAGCAGCUCUGCCAGCCGCUACUGACCACCACCCAUUGGCAUGCUGGGAUAGCGGAGGACUGGCUUCCCAAUGAGGCACUCUUGGAUACUGGAAGACUGACAUAUCACAGGUGUGCUGGACAUAGACAUGUACAAAGGUGUUAAAUAUACAAAUGUGACAAAUGAUAUUUGGAUCCAUUUUACUUGACACCGGCGUCCUACAUAUGACAUAACAGUGUCGUAAUAGAGUCAAAACAAUAUCAUGACAGUCAUGGACAAGUCAUAAACAUGUAAAUGUCAUAAAUGUUAGUAGAGUAGAGUAGAGAAACUUUAUUGAUCCCCAGGGGGAAAUUCAGGUGUCAAGUAGCUACAUAAAAACAAACACAGACACAGACACAGACACAGACACAGACACAGACACAGACACAGACACACACAGACACACACACACACACACACACACACACACACACACACACACACACACACACACACACAUGCCAAGAGGUUCCAGAUCUGGGCCAGCUCUGGCAUCUCAGGCAGUCCAAUCCCCAAUAAUGAUGUCCUUCUUAGUGUCCUUCUGUAUACUGUUAAACAGUUGAAUGGCCCAAGGGACAAAGGACCUCCUUAGCCUAUCUGUCCUAUCUGUCAAUGUCAUGAAAAGUUGACAUUGUUAGGGCUGUCUUUGCCAUAACUGAAUGCCACUCAAUGAUGAAGUCAUAACAUGUUUAUGACAUUGGCAUAAUGUUUGAUACAUGCAUGACUGCGCUACAACACUGUUAUAAUACUGUUGUCAUACAUAUGACACCAAGUUUUGGCAAAGGAGGCACUCAACUUCUUGGAAAAACGAAAGUCUUUGGGUGCGAGAUAAAAAGUAU